AUGCCCUCCCAGCAGGCCCGCUAUCAGCCUCUCCAAAGCCGUGCAGACCAAGGCGACAUUUCCAAUGACAAUUUGGCCGCGAGCACACAGGCAACACACCAGCCCUUGGCUCUCCGCUCCGGUGCAGGGCCCGGCGCUGCCGCUUCCUCAAGCGAAGUCGCUCUGCUCCGGCCCUCCGCCUCCACAAAACGAGAUUCUUCCCAUGCCGAUGCCAGCCGUGCCUUUGUCAGCCACAAACUCACAAAAUCUCACAUUGCCUUCUCAGUCCUCGUCUUAGCAGUCUUUGUCUCCCUCAUAGGCGGGGGUGGUUAUUGGUUCUAUAACAAGGGUCUGAUCAAUGGUCAGUCUCCGCCAUGGUAUCCUACACCACGAGGCGGGACGUUGCCCUCAUGGCAAAACAGCUACGAGAAGGCUGCAAAGCUGGUUGAGCGCAUGAGCCUUGUUGAGAAAGUCAACAUCACGACCGGCACAGGAUGGGCAAUGGAUCUGUGCGUCGGCAAUACUGCUCCUGCUGUCGAUGCCGGCUUCCCUGCGCUGUGUCUGCAAGAUGGUCCCUUGGGCAUACGGUUCGCAGACCAUGCUACCUCCUUCCCUGCUGGUAUCACUGUCGGUGCAACCUGGAACCGUGGUCUCAUGCGCAAGCGCGGUGCUGCCCAUGCACGUCAGGCCCGACUCAAGGGCGUCAAUGUUCUUCUCGGCCCAGCAAUGGGUCCUCUGGGCCGCAACCCAGCCGGCGGCAGAGUCUGGGAAGGCUUCGGCAGCGACCCUGUUCUCCAAGGCGUUGCUGCUUACGAGACCAUCCAAGGCAUCCAGUCCCAGGGCAUCAUCGCGACAGCAAAGCACUUCAUCGGUAAUGAGCAGGAGCAUUUCCGGCGACCUCUGGAAUGGGGUCUUCCUGAGGCCCUAUCUUCCAAUAUCGACGACCGCACUCUACAUGAGAUUUAUGCUUGGCCCUUUGCCGAGAGCGUGAGAGCUGGUGUGGCCAGCGUCAUGUGCUCAUACCAGAUGGUCAACAAUUCUUAUGCUUGUCAAAACAGCAAGUUGAUGAAUGGCAUUCUCAAGGAUGAACUCGGUUUUCAGGGCUUUGUUCAAUCUGACUGGUUGGCACAACGGAGCGGUGUUGCCAGCGCCCUCGCUGGCCUUGACAUGUCUAUGCCCGGCGACGGUCUAUACUGGCAAGACGGUCGGUCUUUGUUCGGUGAACAACUCUCGAUUGCAGUGCUCAAUGGCUCGAUUCCCAUGACGAGGCUUAAUGAUAUGGCAACACGGGUUGUGGCUGCCUGGUAUCAGCUAGGACAGGAUUCGUGGGCUGAUGAAGGUCCAAACUUCUCUUCCUGGACAAACGAUGAGUACGGCUAUUUGCAUGCCGGAAGCAGCACCAGGCAAGACAAGGUGGUUGUGAACAAAUUCGUCGAAGCCGAGACCGAGGAGAGUCGACAGCUCGCUCGGCAAGUGGCUAUCGAGGGCACGGUCCUGCUGAAGAACGAUGAUUCACUUUUACCACUGAGUCCCACUCUUUCCGAGCUAGGUUCCUCCCCUCGCAAGAGAGUGGCCAUCAUUGGGGAAGAUGCUGGCCCAGGGAAAGGUCCCAACUACUGUGAUGAUCGGGCUUGCAAUCAAGGAACACUCGCUGUUGGCUGGGGUUCUGGUGCAACAGACUUCACCUAUCUCGUUGAUCCACUUACCGCCUUGAAUUCGAGCUUUGACACGGCUGCGGUCGAGAUAAUCAGCUCUCUCACUAACAGUGUGUCCACAAAGAUGAAAACAACACUGAACGAUCAGGACUUGUGUCUCGUCUUCGGCAACGCGGAUUCUGGGGAAGGUCAUAAGAUUUGGGCUACACAACGCGCUGACAGAAAUGACCUGGAGAUCCAGAAGGGCGGUAACCGGUUGAUCCGCAACGUCGCUGCGGAAUGCGGCGGGCCGGUCGUGGUCAUUAUCCACUCUGUUGGCCCUGUCAUUCUUGAGGACUUUGCGGAUCUACCGUCUGUCAAAGCCAUCGUUUUUGCGAACUUACCGGGCCAAGAAAGUGGAAACGCCCUUGCUGAUGUCCUCUUCGGUCGAGCUGAUGCUUCCGGGAGACUCCCGUACACUGUCGGUCGGAGUCUUGGAGACUAUGGUCCAGGGGCUCCGGUCCUUUACUAUCCCAACGCCAUCAUUCCACAAGCGGACUUUAAGGAAGGUCUUUACCUCGAUUAUCGCCAUUUCGACAAAGCCGGGGUCGAACCUCGUUAUCCCUUUGGUCAUGGAUUAUCCUUCACCACCUUCGACUUCUCGGACUUGGUCAUCACAAGCCUGAAAUCGAAAUCCCCGCUACCUGCUGCAAGGCCUCCGCCAGCAAUAACGCCACCGAGCUUGGGCGAGAAAAUCCCAUCCGUUGAAAGUGCGCUCAUGCCAAAGGGCUUUACUAAAUUUCGGAAGUUCGUCUAUCCGUACAUCUCUAGCAAGGACAGUGUGAAGACAGGCAAAUACCCCUACCCUGAUGGAUACGAUGUAGCCCAGGAGUCCAGUGCAGCUGGAGGCGGUGAGGGCGGUAACCCAGCGCUGUUCGAGGAGUAUGUCCAUGUGCAGUUGCGUGUAGCCAACACUGGACACCGGAAGGGCCACACCGUGGUGCAACUGUACGUGUCAUUUCCUCCAUCAAUCAAGGAGCCUUCUACUGGCGAGAUCGUCGAUACCCCAGUCAGAGUGCUGCGCAACUUCGCAAAGACCGAGCUUGAAGCAGGUACCGACCAGGUGGUCACUCUCAGUUUGACCAGAAAAGAUCUGAGCUACUGGUCCGUGGUGCAACAAAAUUGGGUGAUGCCAGACGGACCGUUUACCUUGGCGGUCGGGAAGAGCUCUCGGGAUCUGGUUUUGGAAGGGACAUAUUGA